GCUGGCUUCCGUAGUCAUUGGGAAAACAUGGCUUCACACACAAGCAAGGCACUUCUGUGCCUAGGUCGAAUAAAUGUUCCUGGCCUUGGACGUCAGACAUUAGUGAGCAGGGUCACGUACGCGACGGCUUUGCCUGUGAAGUUUACUGCUCGAAUGAAUGGCCCUCUUAGAAGUGGAAAAGGAUCCUUUAACAAAAGAAUCAAGAGAGAAGAAGGGCAGCACAGGACAGAAAAGAUGGCGGUGGAUCAGGACUGGACUGCAGUUUAUCCAGUAGCAGCCCCUUUCAAGGCAAACGCUGUCCCCCUGCCUGUGAGGAUGGGCUACCCAGUGAAGGGAGGCGUUCCUCCAGAGAAGAAAGGCAACCUGGAGCUAAUCAAGAUACCAAACUUUCUGCAUUUGACACCAACAGCCAUCAAGAAACACUGUGAGGCUCUGAAACAAUUCUGUACAGAGUGGCCAUCUGCCUUGGACACAGAUGCUAAAUGCAACGAGCACUUCCCCAUUAAAGUAGAAAGCACAAACUACGUGUCUGCUGGCCUGUCUGUCAGAAACCCUUCAGCUCGUGUCGUUCAUCUCAAAGUAAAGCUGUCCAGCUUGAAUCUGGAUGACCAUGCACGCAAGAAAAUGGUCAAACUUGUUGGGGAGAGAUACUGCAAAGAUACUGAUGUUCUCACCAUCACAACCAACAGCUGCCCACUCGAACAACAGAAUUAUGACUAUGCCAUGUACCUGCUAACUGUCCUUUACCAUGAGUCUUGGAAAGUAGAAGCCUGGGAGGCUGAGAAGACCGUGGAAGACAUGGAGGAGUAUAGCUGGGAGGACAGCCCGUCCCAAAAAAAUAUCUUGGAUAUGUUAGUGCGCAUGAAAGUGGCCGGGGAAGGAGAAGGCAAUGAAGUGCGAGAGCAGCUGCUGGGAAGAAAAGAGGUGCAGGAGUACAAGGACUCAGUCACAAGGCUGAAGAAUGAGGGAGACAGCGAGAGCAGCGUGCUUCAGUACAAAGAGGCUGUCAAGAAAGUACUCAACCUGUGAUAUAGCUUAAUGUACAAAUGUAUUUACAUGAAGACAGACCAAGAGCAACAAAAUCUACAAAAGCAUUUUAAAUACAUUUCAGAUACAUCUGCAUACCAGUAACAAAAGCAAGAGUAUUACUGUAGAUUAUUACUGUUCCUCAACUAAUGUAUUUAUUUUCCAAAAUUAAUCUGCUGUCCUAUUAGGUGCACAAUGCUGUCUUUAAUACAAAAAUAAAAGUCUGAUGUUUUCUAUUAUUAA